AUAAUAUUCUCCAAUGGUGGAGCAUCAAGGUUGUGCUAGUUUGGUGAAUGCUUCUGCAUUCUGUGCCAUUGAGCAAGAAGUGAAAGGAGAGAGCACUGUCAAUGUUAUUGCAGAGAUUUCAGCUGAGUUACAAAAAGAGAGACAAAAGAAUGCUGAACUUAGGGAGAGAAUAUCAUUACUUGAAGCUCAAAUACAAGAGAGAGACAAGGAGUCUCUUUUACCAGAUGGACAAGGCAGCUGUCUGAAUGCAACAGAAAGGUACAUCAGGAAGUUCAAAAGACAAAAGAUAGAAACAAGCUGUGACAGAACAGAAGAUGCAAAUGUCAUUAAAAGUGAUAUGGCAUCAAAGACAAAACAUGAAAGAUGCAUUCGCCAAGUUGAUGCAAAUCUAGAAGGGCGCUUAGUCAACUGGAUGAGCAUAGAUGAGACUCAGUUUUUGCAUUUUGAUAAAGUUAAAGAUGGUGAACCUGCUGCAGAUUGUGAUGAUUCGGAUGAAAGUGAGGAUGAAGAUGACGAGUGUUAUGAAGAUGAUGAAACUAACGCAAGAACUGAUAAUUGUGAACCAAAAGAACGGCUUCAUGAAGAAGAUUUUGAUCAGGGAAUGCUACCUUGUUUGGAAAAUUUUGUUGUUGGUCAGAGUGAGGCAACUGUUGCAAAUGUAAGCCAAGGAACUAUAGAGUAUGAAAUAGAAGACUGCAAACCACUUGAUUCACAAACACUUCGAAAACAAGGGGAUCUCAAGAAACAUGAUAAGAGAGAAGUUAUGAACAAUGGAGAAUACAAAGCACAAGAAGAGAUGCUGAUGCAUAAGAAGGAGGCUUGUCAUACAGGAUCUGCUAGCAUAUUGGUGAAUAAAAAGCCUGCAAAGGUGCCUUUCUGUCCAAAAGAAGUAAAGAGAAUUCUUGAAUCAGAAGCCCUGUUAUUGAAAACUGCUCAGUCCCAUACCAUAAGAAAAAUCAUAGUAUUUGCAUCCCUGGGUAUAAGGCAUGGAUGUGAAGAUAUGUAUGAGUUAGACUUCAAUCAUUUUAGCAUCUUAAGGAAGGGGGAACCAUUUGUGUCUCCAAAGAACCCUGGGGAGCAUGUGCUAUAUGAGAAUCCUGGAGUCCGGAGGAAGGUUUUCUAUCCGAAUCGGCAGAAUCCAACAUUCUGUCCUGUUCAAAUACUUGAGGAGGAAAAGGCUAUGCGUCCAUCUGAUCCUAGCUGCCCUUCAUGCCUAUUUUUGUGCAUCAAGUACGGUGGAAGGACUAGAAAUCUUCCCCAGAAUGAAUAUGUCAGGCAACGAAUGGGAAGAAACAAGCUGAAGUCUUUUGGGCCAGUUAUGUGCCGAAUGGCAAUGCUAGUCCAUGUUCGCAGUGGAAGCUUCUUCUUCAAGGCCUUGGGCAUCACUCUUCUGUUCAUGGCUGGUUUUCCUGAUGACUUGGUUCAAAGGGAAACAAAAUACCGGAACUUAGAUUUGCUGCAAAAAUAUUACAGGAUUAUGGUUAAUUCCUUAAAUAAAAGUGGUCAUACACAUAGCUCUUCAUGUUCAUCGAACACUUGGCCUAUAGAAGUAAGGUGA